AUGGAACUAUGUAAAAAUAAAGGUGAAGAAAUGUAUAAAGAAAAAUGUAACGAACUUGAAAUACGUGGAUUCGGUACACUUAAUGAACAAGUUAAAUAUAAUUGCCCCCAAAUUAUGUCGUACUUAUAUAAAAUCUAUGAAGAUAAUAAUAAUAAUUUUCCUGAAGCUGGUUGUAAAUACCUUAAUUAUUGGAUAUAUCAUGAACUUCUUCAGAAGAAAUAUAUAACUGGAAUAUCAUCGCUAUAUAUCACUUUGUUCUCGCUACUUCCUUCUUUUUAUAAUUCUAUACAUGUGAAUAAAUUUCUAACAAUGUAUAUUGUUGACACUGAUUUGUCAAAGGUCACGGCCAUAUAUUAUAUAUAUAAAUGUCUUAAUAUUGUAAAUGAUAACCAGAGAAAUAAUAAAGAUCAGGAUUUUUGCAAUGCCAUAGAAGUUAUUACAAAUGAGUAUAAGCCCAACAUACACACAACAUUUAGUGGAUUUUGUGAAAACAAUGUAAUACCGUCUUGUAAAAAUACAAUGUUCACUCCAUAUGGACCAUAUUUGUCCUAUGGGCUCCAAAAAAUAAAAAAUAUGUGGAAUAAUGUGAACAAAGAAUGGGACAUAAUAGACCAUCCAGGAAUAAUUAAUUUUAAUUCAAGAGAGAGAGAAUAUGAUAUUUUGUAUCACUGA